AACCAAUCAUAUGACCACCAACUUGUCAACAAUUUCAUCAUGGAAGUAGGCCUAUGUGGUUGGCUUAAAAUUAGGCCUAGUUGUGUUUCGUCAGUGUAUCUUGUUAUAUUUCUAAUCUGGUCAAAAUGUGCAAGCUUACGUGCAGAAAGUUGCUCUACACCAGAUUAUGACAUUAAAAAUUUAACAAAUGCAUGGUAUUGGUAUUAUAAUUCAACUGAUAAAAAUGUGUGUCCAUCAAAUUCUGGAUCCUGUCAGUUCAUUUUCUCCAUUUGUAAAGUUCUUCCGUUUGACUGCCAAGAUUGUAGUGUAGCUGUUAAUUCAACAGAAAAUAAUAUUACUAUUAUAGGAGAAUAUAAUAACACAACGAAUCCAAUAAAUCCAGGGAAUCGUGAAUUUACCAUCUUUUAUACUCAAUCAAUUCUGAAAUUCAAUUGUGACUUGUCUGCAAGAUGGAUUCCAGAGAUUGGUAAUACUUCUAGUCCUGUUCCAGUUUCAGCAAACACCUCUAUAUCUGUGCAGCCUAAUUCCUUAUCGGACAUUUACACCUUUGAAUUCAAGUCUGCUGAGGCAUGUGGUAUUCCUCCCACUGUAAAGCCAUUUGAACCAAAAGUAAAAAGUCUGAGUACUGGUUCAAUCCUUUUACUUAUAUUUUUCCCAACUGUUGCUUUGUACUUUCUUUUGGGAAUGAUAUUGAAUAAGCUGGGUGGUGCCCAUGGCAAGGAACUUGUACCAAAUUACGAAUUCUGGAAUUCUCUGCCUGGUCUGAUUGCGGAUGGUGUUGUAUUCACUUGGAGUAUGAUCACGUGUCAAGGUUCUAAAGGUGUAUCCGGUUAUGACAGCAUUUGAAGUUCACUCAGUUUUUUCUAUGGUUAGAGAAUUGCUAUAAUGAUUUUUUUUACAGAUGAUAUUUGCAGAAAAUAUUCCAAAUUUUUCCUGAAAUAAUUAUAUAAUUUUGCCUAAAUUAAGAUACUUAAAAAAAAAAUUUCUCAGUUUUUCUUUGUAGAUUUACUCUAUGUUGAUUUGUCCCCAGAAAGCUAGUAAUAUAAUUGUGCAUUAUUGUGAUCUACCUAAUGAUAUACUACUGUAUUAAAUGUGUUUUACUUCUACUUAAUUAUUUUGCUAUUGAACGUUAAUUUUUAUGCUUUAAAGAUUACAGUAUAUUACAUUUAGUAAGUGUAAAAGAUAAAACUUUAAUAGUGUUUAUAUACAAAGUAGUUUUACAAACCUAUAUAUAAAAUGUAGAGUGCGUACCUCAAUCUUGAACUUUUAUAGAAAGUUUUCAAUGAACUUGUUUAUUAAUUUUUAAAAUUUAUUGCAACAUGCCUAAAUAUACAUGUGAUCACAUUAUUCAAAAUGUACUUAACAAAGAUAACAAAGAUAUAGAAUAAUAAUCCUAAUCAAGGGUCCAUUUUUCCAAAACAACAAAACAGAAGUGAUUUCUGUUAUUUUAUAUACCGCAUACAUAGAUUCUAGGCAUCUGAUUGGUUAAGAAGCAGGCAAUAGAGAGUACUACUCCUGUGAAAAAGUGCUAUUUCCCUGAAAAAUGGUACUUUCUUGACCUGACGGUAGAGGGGACUGGGACCUCUACGAUGAAAGAGAUUGGCCCUUGACCACGGCCACGGAUCAGCGUGUAGACGUAAAACAAUAAUUAUGGAGGCUGUUGGUUUGAGCUCUUGGAAGAAGGACUAGCUUAGGCCUAUACUUGUCGAAGCUGAUAGCAAAAGCACCAAAAGACAAAAUAAAUAUUUCUUGUCAGUAGUCAACAAAUAUUGCAAGACAAUGGGUUAAAAUUGAGGAAAUGAGCAAAAAAGAGCUAGACACACUCUUUGAUCACCUAGGCCCUACGCUUAGUCUAUUUCGUGAAUACUUACCUGGAUAACCGACUAAUUGCCAUUGUUCCCAAAACGGAACACCCCUUCGAAAAUAAUGGAACAGUCCGACCCAAGGCGCCACGUGCGAACCGUCUCCCUAACAAACGUCCUCAUUCCCUUUUCGACGUUGUUCGAAGUUGGAUACACCCAGCCUUUGAAAUUACUUGCAGUCUUUUCAAGCUAUCUUAUUUUGUGGAUUUAUUUUCAACUUGCAAGAUAUCCUUUGUGUAUUGUAGUCUCGAUCGACAUGUCCGCUCGCAAGUCUUUGUGCUCGGCGUGUGGGGGCCCUAAACCGAGUGUUAAGCUCGACCGGCACUCGGAGUGCCCUUUGUGUCGCUCGUGUAGCUUAGUUUGUAGGCCUCUAGGCUAGGCUAGGAGGUAAGUACUUUUUAAGGCCUCUUAGAAUCUAUGUAUGAGGUAUAUAAAAAAAAAUAUUGACUGCUCUUGAUUCGGGGAACGUUGAAAUCUAUUGCCCCUCAGUGAUGUGGACACGAAUCCUAUCUUCCGCAGGCCCUCGAUGUUUUGUCAGCAGUGGACUAAAAAUAAAUUACCAGUUACAGGUGCACAGGUCUCCCUCUACUAAGACCCCUCCAAUUAAAGACCACUUUUCUGUGGUUCCAUAAUAUUAACAAAUGUCUUUUAUCUUUAUUAUUCUAAUUAGAGGCUGAAGCUGCUAAAGACUUAAAAGUGGUCUUCAAUUGAAGGAUACCUGUGAUUGGAAAUUUAAUAAAUGUAUUUUUUUUAAAGUGUUCCACGGUUUUAAUUCUGUUUACUAAUUGUAUUUUUUUUACAUUUGCAGUUAAAGGUUAAGAAUAUUUCAUAAUAACAAAAUGGUUUCCUUUAAAAAAAAAUUAGUACUUAAUAAACCAAAGAUAAUGUA